AAAUCCGAGUAUCGGCUAAGUUAACCAAGACCGACGUCCAAAAUGGUUCAGAAUAAGAAUAACACCCCAGAAGUCACUGGCUUCCACCGCUCUUUUAAUGUCCAAAACCCGUUAAAUUCUGAAGAUUAUACCAAAACAGACUCCAGUCUCCACGAGUCAAACUUACAUUUAGAUUGUCCCCCAAGACCUGACAUGCCAGCCAGCCAGCCGAUUAACAUCCCAGAUGCCAAGAAGAGGACCAAGAAGAAGAAGAGAUGCAGGGCCACCGACAGCUUCACAGGACGAUUCCAAGAUGUAUAUGUGCUGCAGACGGAGGUGCUGGGCGAGGGGGCCUAUGCAGUCGUCCAGACCUGCAUCAACCUCAUCACCCAGAAGGAAUAUGCUGUCAAGAUCGUCGAGAAGCGUGCGGGUCUCAGUCGGAGCCGAGUCUUCAGGGAAGUGGAGAUGCUCUAUCAGUGCCAGGGACACAGAAACAUUCUGGAGCUGGUCGAGUUCUUUGAGGAAGAAAACAAAUUCUACUUGGUUUUUGAGAAACUAAGAGGAGGGUCAGUGUUGACCCACAUCCACCGUAGACAACACUUUAGUGAGCAGGAGGCCAGUUAUGUGGUGCAGGACAUCGCCAGUGCUCUAAACUACCUCCACAACAAGGGAAUGGCACACAGGGACCUGAAGCCUGAAAACAUCCUGUGUGAGCACGUGGACCGGAUGUCACCGGUGAAGAUCUGUGAUUUUGACCUGGGCAGUGGCAUCCGGCUGAACAGUGACAGCUCCCCUAUCUCUACUCCUGAACUCAUCACUCCGUGUGGUUCAGCAGAGUACAUGGCUCCGGAGGUGGUGGAGGCCUUCAGUGAGGAGGCUACGAUCUAUGAUAAGCGCUGUGACCUGUGGAGUCUGGGGGUCAUCCUGUACAUUAUGCUGAGUGGGUACCCUCCCUUCGUAGGGCGCUGUGGCACCAACUGUGGCUGGGACUGGGGAGAGCCCUGCCAGGAAUGCCAGAACAUGCUGUUUGAGAGCAUCUUCUUAAAUCCAGAACUGUCCCCAAACCCAGUCUCUCUCUUGGCUUCUCUCCAGAACAUGCUGUUUGAGAGCAUCCAUGAGGGGAAGUACGAGUUCCCUGAGAAGGACUGGAAGCAGAUCUCCUCUGGAGCUAAAGACCUCAUCACCAGGCUUCUGGUCAGAGACGCCAAGAACCGCCUCAGUGCUGCUCAGGUCCUGCAGCACCCCUGGGUCCAAGGG